AUGGAAUCGCAAAAUUUAAGAACCCCUUUGCGAAAAGUUUUCAAGCACAGUGACUUCAAGUCAAAACUUCAGAAUGAAGCUGUAAAGUGUAUUCAUGGCGGUAGGUCGCGGAGAAUUGAAACUUCAUAACUUUCAACUUUCUCUCAAGCUAAAAUCUGAAAGUUGUUUUGUUUUUCUGUGAAAGCUUAAAAGGAACAGUUUUAGCCUUUUUAAUUAACAAAUUAUUCAAACCAGAACCAGAAUUUACAAGUUUUAAGAUAUGGUAUAAAUCUUUACCAUCAGAUUGGUGAAAGAUCGGGGGGAGGGGGGAGGGGGUGCUUUUGGUGGGGUAGUGAGUAAUAGGACUAAGGACGGAGGUGAGUAAGAGGGACCUAAUCUCCCAAAAUUGAAGGCCAUAUCAAGGAUUUGUCAUUAAAGAGGCUGGCAUUAAUGGUACAUGAAGACUCACAUGGGUGGUUCAAGCAUGUUUUUUCUAUUUUUUCAAACAGGAAAACAAGAUGUUUUUGUUUCAAUGCCAACUGGGUCUGGAAAAUCGCUCUGUUACCAACUACCGGCGGUCUUGGCUGAGGGAAUAACUAUUGUAUUUUCUCCACUUAUUGCCCUCAUUCAAGAUCAAGUGUCACGCUUAAAGUCCCUCUCCAUCUCAGCCGAAACACUUAACUCAAAACUCCCUGCUACUGAAAGAAAACAAAUUUAUGGUGAACUUGAAAAGCUGAACCCCUCCAUCAAGCUUUUAUAUAUCACACCUGAGCUUGCUGCAACACCUGGAUUUCAGAAAGUUUUAAAUUCUCUGCACAAGAGAAAGCUACUUUCGUUCUUUGUGGUGGAUGAAGCCCAUUGUGUGUCACAGUGGGGACAUGACUUUAGACCUGAUUAUUUAAAGCUUGGUUCACUACGGACAGAGUUUAAUGACGUUCCCUGGAUAGCACUAACAGCUACGGCCACUCCACGUGUCCAAACAGAUGUUCUUACAUCUCUUCAUUUACACAAACCGACAGCAAUCUUUAAAACCUCCUGUUAUCGUCCAAAUUUGUUUUAUGAUGUGUGGUAUGUAGUUUGAGAGCCUUAAAAUAAAAUUUAACAUUUACCUGUGGCCAGUAUAGAGGCAACAGUAUCUUGGUCAAGGCCUUCAGGUAGAUUUGGGGGCACAAGCAAGAGCAGGGAAAGGGAAUAAAAGUAGCGCUUUUAGGUGUGUUAUUGUUCUGUCUCUGUCUUCCGCACAUACACACAAUAAACGACACAUCAAAAGGUGUCAAAAAUGUAUUGUUGGCGAGAUAACGUCAGAGAAUUCCAGUGCCCUGGACUUAAGCAAAACUUGAGAUGCAAGUGGCAGAAAAACAGUACAAGAACAUGCUGUUUGAUCUUGCUAAUAGAGAAGCAAUCACUGGUGCAUGAGGUCUUGCUGAAACAAAAUCACCAAUGGUCAGCAUACCAUUCUUGUGCGCUGCUUUGCAAAGUGGGGUGCCAGAUGCUGGAGAUUUUAACUGCCUUGCUCUAACUACUUCCAUCACAAGCAUAAAUCACACAUCAUGCCUCACAUGGUACAAAUCAACCAGUAAGAACUUUCCUUUUCCAGAUGAACAUCUUGAAGAGAUGACCUAUCUUUGGGUGUUUUUUUUCUCUCUUCCCCCCUCCCUUGCAUGUCUUGCACUGUUACAUUAGCACCCCCAAACCUGUCUGAGUGCCCCCAAUUAUGCCUGUUGCAUGAAGGCUUAGACAACCAAGGCAGUCAUCUCAUUAUAAAAAAAAAGUUUUGAAGUUUCUUCUGUGCUAUAAAGAACAGUGAAAGGAUACUAGCAAAUCAUGCAUAGCAAGUCAAUGCUUGUAUUAUUAUGAGUAUCAUGAAUAAAGUUUGGUGUUUAUAACCCUCUUAAAUGCAAUUUUUUUUAUCUUUUUUUCCUGACUCAAGUUUCAAGGAACUUCUUGAUGACCCUUAUGCUGAUCUUAAAAGUUUUGCCGAGUCAGCAUUAUCAGAGCAGGAUAGCAGUGAUGGAGAGAAGGUAAUAGAUCUAUUCACUUGCUAUAUUUGCAUAGGCUGUCAUUAUUUCUUCACAAUAAUUGGCUACUUUUUCCAUGUUGAAGAUAAUAAAUUCUUAAACUAUUUUUUUCUGUAGGGAAGUGGAAUUAUUUAUUGUCGUACUCGAGAUGCUUGUCAAGAAGUAGCUUCAAGACUGAGUAGAAAAGGACUUGCUGCAAAGGCUUAUCAUGCAGGUAAUUUACUUUUUAAUUGAAAUGAUGAACACACAAAAUUCAUAUCUUCAACAUUGCAUCUUCACCUUUCCCAGUUAUAUUACCAACCAAUUUAUUUUUAUUAAUGAUUAUCAGCUCCAAGUUGGCUUGCUAGCUUAAUUGGUUAGAGCCCUGCACUGGUUUCACAAAGGUCAGGGUUCGAAUCCUGGCAAGCCUGAAUGUUCUCGUUAUUUUUUGUGUUGAGUCUGUAUUUUAAUAGGGUUCAAUAUAGUCAAGGUGUAGCAAAAAUGUUUUCGGCCCCAUAGCCUCACUCUAGAGUACUGAAAUAAGCUGCCACAGGCCUAGACAUUUUAAAUUAAGCUGCCUGACAAGCAAAAAAGUUUGUCAGCUUGCAAAGAGGCGGUGUUACAAUUUUUCUACUUGAAUUAUGAAGGUUCAUGGGUCUCUCACCAUUUCACAAAGUCACCCCGGCGCAACAUAGGAAAGAUGUUAGUGAAGUAUUUUAAAAUGUGGAUUCAUUAGAUUUGCUUACUGAUGAAAUCCCUGCAUAUAGCUUGGGGUAAUCUCCUCAGAACAUGGGCAAAGGGGAGCCUUGUUCCUAGAGGCCAGGUUACGGUACUUGUGAUCAAGGUAGAGGUCUAACCUACAGCUUUUUUUGAUAGCAAGCAACUGCAAUAAGCAAAUGUAGCCAACAAAACAAGAUAAUUAAUUAAUCUGCUCUUCUUAUUUUCUCCUUAUCACGCUGGUAUUCAACGGAAUUUAGUUUCAACUUUGUAUUUGUGAAUCUUUCCUGUGUGCAUUUUCAGGUAUUGUAUAUUUACAAGUAUACUGUUCAACUCCACAGGCCUUAAUCAAACAAAACGUGAUGAAAUCCAACAGGAAUGGAUGGAUGGCAAAGUCCCCAUCAUUGUGGCGACAAUAAGUUUUGGUAUGGGAGUAGACAAAGCAUCCGUGAGGUAAAUUACUAUGAAGUCUUUUUCGCAAAAUACUGAGAUUCAUACAAAUUGUAUGAAGAGGGAAGAUUUUGCCAUGCAAUUAAUGAUCAUGACAAUGACUUUUAUAUUUUACUUAAAGAGAGUACAACUACCAGAAUUCGUUUAGUGGCUUUUAGUGGGUUGCUUUUUAUUAAAAUUGAUCAGUCAGUUGAGAUUUAAACAAAAGUAGCUGGAUACAAACUUAGUAAUUUUUACGGCAAAGCAACAAACCAAAGGAUUGUGUUGGUUGAACUAAGCUUAUAAAUGUCACCAUCAUGCGAAUGGUUUAUUGAGGUAUACUGUAUGAUAGAUACGGAUUUUCUGAAUUGUGAAUUGUGAACUCAGGAUUUCUGUUUAAUCUAACUCCACCCCAUAACUAAAAGUAACUCUAAGUAAGAAUAGCCGGCCGCUUUUGUUCAAGUGUUAAACUUUUUUUAACCUGUAGGUUUGAUUAUUGGAUUGGCUAUUCUAUACCACUAUUUACUUACAGCUCACAAAGAGCUGCCCUAACUGUUGUUAGUUUAGAAACUGAUUUCUGUAAAAUUCCAAGAAUAAGCAUCAGGGCCCAGUUGUUCAAAAUUUGGAUAACGCUAUCCUCUGGACAAAUCUCUACCCAGUGGAUAGCGCGAAUGGUUUCCCUCAUACUUAUCUGCUGGAAAAUGAUUUAUCCGGUGGAUAGCCCUGUCCAACGUUUGAACAACUGUGGCCAAGUCCUAUAUCUUUUAAAGGCCUUGUUUAGCGGCGUAUUUUCGUAGGGACUUCUUUACCGCGGAUGGGUUUAUUAGUGGGAAAUUUGCGUUUUAAUGUAGGCUGGGGUUAUACUCGAAGAAACGUGUGUCAUAAAUUUUCGAUAAACUGAUCGUAAUUUCAGGACAUUGAUUUCAAACCCCAGUGGUAAAGCGUUCAAAGUGGCAAUGGAAUACUGUAACAAUAGUACCCUCAACAACAUCAAUGACACACCAUUUGUUCAGUAGUUUGUAGUUCAUAGCGUAGCGUAUUCAUAGUACCAGUCAAACGUGUGAAAACUCUUAUCUUGGCCUCUCCCAUACAGUUCGAUAUGGUAUGGUUUAGUUAUAAUGCGGGGGCAGUUCCCAUGUAUAACCUCAUUGGGAUUAAUGUACGGAUUUUUUUUUAAGGACGCUUCUGAGGGGCUUAUUUUUGGAAUUUACCACGUAUAUUCUGGCCAAUCAUUACGCAGGCUGACAGUCAAAUAAGCCAAUAACAUCUCAAACUAGCAAUGUCUUUUUGCCAAACGUGGUGAAACCUACAGUUCAAGCUUUAUUUUUAUGCGCUCACAAGCGCCUGGGAUCUUAAACCGUUACUCAUGUUUCACGCUUCUCGCGGAAAAGCCUAAGUCAGCAAGUCAUGAUUUAUUCCGGGUUUUAAGUGUGGUUGGCUGAGAAAAUGGGGUUAAUCUUUUUAACCAAUGCACAAACAAAGCAAUAACGAAAUUGCUUCCAUUCCACAUGACAUCUUGAUAUGUUUCUAACCCACGUUUCCCUAGGUUUGUUGUUCAUUGGACGUUACCACAGUCAAUGGAAGGUUACUACCAAGAAUCGGGCAGAGCUGGCAGGGACGGGAAACCUUCAUUCUGUCGAUUAUACUAUUCCAGGUUGGUCAAAGACAAACAGUGCACGAGCUACCUCUUUUAAUGUUCUCUUAGAAUCAAAAAUGAACAUUUAAUCUGAGCUGUUAUUAGUAUAGGUAAUCACAUGAUUUCGAGUACAAUUUGGAAUAAAUAAGCACGAGUAAAUUUUUCAAAGACCAACAAAAGUGCACGAGCCCGUAGGGCGAGUGCACUUUGUAGUCUUUGAAAAAUUUACACGUGCUUAUUUAUUCCAAAUUGCACGAGAAAAAUCAUGUGAUUACUUAUUAAUAAUAUACACGAAAAACUUAACUACAACAACAAAUUUUGACAGGGCGCGCGUUUUUAGUUCAUUCAACUGAUUGGCUGAAACAGACUACUACCUUUGUCAAAUUCAAACUUUUUCAAGACCAACGCUUUCAAAAUCAUUUUAGCUAAGAACCUGGAAAGGAAAUGUGCAAGGAUUGAUUUUAUAUGGUCACCAGCCUGUUAAAGAUAACUUGGUUUACAAUAAUCAGCAAAAGUAAGUGUUUUUAAAUUCAUCCUCGAUUAUGAGAGCUCGGCGUUUACAAGAAGUAUACUGCCGUUUUCAAAUCAGGAGAACGUUUCGCGCACCCAAAGAUGAAAGACUUGCUAAGGUUUUUUAACGACUGUUCAUCAUUGUUUGUUCCUAAGACCCCCAUCAGCCGGAUUCACGGAGAAAUUUUUGAGAUUUAAAAUCCGAAAGUGAAGGAGGCAAUUUGUUUUCUUUCGACGCUGCCAUCGAUGAGUGAGUGGAGCCACAGUUGUUGUGAUGUCGGAAACUGCCAGUAUUAAUACAAAAUUUGCUUUUUCUCAGCGCUUGGGUUUUCAUUAUUUCAUGCAAGAGUCAUCGUAGCUCUUCUUAGUCGACUUCGUCGUAGUCGUUAAGGAAAUUCAUGCGUCUGUGGCCUGUGACAUUGGCGAUAUGUUCUGAACUUACAAUUUUUGCUUUCUUAAGCUUCCUGAAUGUUGUUUUUCUUGCACAAUGAUUCGUAAACUUUUUUCUCACUUUCUUUAAGGCUAGUACCAGCUACGGAUACUUUCAUUAUGUUUGUUAUGGUAUUUUCGCCCAUUGGUUUAGUUUGGACCAGAUGUUUAAAUUUUCGGUUUCUUUCGCUACUGAGGUAGAAAAAAACAGACCAUCGCAUGGAUGUUUUAAUAGAGGUCUUCUCUCCACAAAAGACUCCAAGACAGCAACCGGACACCUUUCUCCUCCAACAAAUAACGUGCAUCAAAAACUUGUAUCCUUGUUCAUUUAAAUGCCUGAAAAGUGUAGCUGUCAUGGUUUGCAUCUGGUUGCAACCGUAAUUAUUCUUUAUUUUUUUACUUUAGCGUAGUCUUUUAUAAGUAGUUUGUUUUUUAGGUACUCUGGUUCAUUUUCCUCGAUUUUGUUGACAGUAUUUUUCUCUUAGCAACGCAUUUUCAAUACAUUUAGCCAGAAAGACGAACUUUUUACUGUGUUCGGGUUUUUGGAAUAUUUUUCUAACUUUUCUAUUGUUGGUUUGCGUACAAAAUUAAAUCCCGUCGUCGUCUGCUGUAAACCAUGGCCAUUUUCUUGAAUUUUGUUGCUAAAACAGCUCUAAUCUGAUUGGUUAUUGGUGGUUUCUUUUGCGUUUUCAGCCAAUCAGAAUGCAUUUGUAAUUUGCACUCGUGUUACAAGUUUGCACUCGUGUUACACAUUUUGCACUCGUGUUACAGAAGAGCUGCACUCCUUUCUCAGCCAAUCAGAAUUGAGUAAUUUUUUCGUGUAUAUUAUUAAUGUAGAAAUUCGAGAGUUGCGUGCCACAAGCAAACUGCAUAUAAAAUUCAUAUGUUGCACGGAGAAUGCUCGUUCUUAGUUCACUCGACUAGGGAGACUGUCGAUUCUUUAGAAUAGAAAUGGACAUGCUCGUGCUAUAAAUUUAUGCUGAAAACUAUAUUUUGCCGGCUUUGGAGUAACGAUAUUUUACGACUGGCUGACACUAAACCAAUUUUGCGCGCCAUGACCAGCGUUUUGGCUAACUCCGUGCCAAAAAGUUGGAAUUAAGUAAAACACGGAAAUAAAUGUUUCGUUGUUGUUGUUGUCACUUCUUUAAGUUCUGAACCAUUUGGUGUAUUUGGUAUUACAGACUUGAAAGGGAUCAAGUAUUUUUUCUGAUUAAAAAAGGAAUCAAGGAGAAGAAGGUAACAGUAAUGACAGUAUAGUAUAUAGAGUAUAGACAUAAUCCGUACACGGACGCAAGCACAACUGCAAGCACAAGUAAACGGUAAAAUUUCCAUCCUUGCUCUUGCCAGUUUGCGUCUCCUUCUGUUUUUCCCCUUCCGCUGUUGUUUUGCCGGCUCUCUACAUUUAUUUUAUUGACAGUAAAAUAUACGAGACUAUUCCACUUCAGUUUGCAAGAUGUUUCACUUUUCACUUUUCUACGAGUAAAACUCUGCUUUAUGGCCUCAACAUACAAAUUUUCUCGUUGAAUGUUUGCGAAAUCCUGCGAAGCCUGUACAUGUAAAAGGCAAGAAUUUUGGCGCGAAACUCACACAUCGCUUUGGCUUUUGAUUGGAUGUAUCAUUUCUCUCGCACAUGAAGAAAUAUCGUUCGCGCUUCUGAUUGGACGUAUCCUAUCCUCGUUUGCUCCUCUGAUUGGCUAGAACUCAUUCGACGUAGCUUUUCAUUGAGAAUACAUCUCAGUAUGUAUAAAUAAAAGAAGGUACAGUAUCCACGCCCCUUUGUGCUUUUUUCGCCAGAAAGAGCGAAAAAAUAGAGCCUGUUUUGCGGACUAGCCGUUUUGUGCGCCCGCGUUACUUACCUCACAUGAGGGGGGAUGCAAAAUGGACUCCCUCCAAGUUGAAUCCGGAAAAAACUUCCUUUUGUGUAAAUGUAGUUUUAGUCUGCUUGUUUUGUUUUUAAAAGGCAACGAAUACGAAAAAAAAGAAUGAGGCGGUUCAAUCCAGCUACGAGGCGAUUGUCAAAUACUGUGAGCAGCCACGGUAAGUGUGAAAAAGUAGGAUCUAUAAAUUAAAGGUUAUGUUUCCUUUAAACGUCGCCCUAACACCCAGGGUUCAACAACCCGGCGCAGAUAUCUACGUGAAAUAUCUUGAACCCAGCACGCAAUUUUUUAAAACCGUCGCUGCCAUUUCAGACCUAUUCUCUAAGGAGGUGCAGUACUGUACUGUAAAAACCUACUUUUAUAUACUGAUAUGAAUUAUUGCUUUAAGAAUUUUUAAAACCUAAAAAAAUAAUUAUGGCCUAUUAAUUCCUAUUUGGCUUUUUUUUAUUUUUCACUAUUUAUUAUUUUUCUAUGACAAAAUUGGUGUAUUCAACGGGAAAUAAUCAUCAUUUAUUCAUUUUAUGUUUACUAUUUUUCGUAGCUGCAGACAUGCCGUGAUAGCUUCAUAUUUUGGAGACAGUGAGCCGAAGGUACACACAUGUACAAUUCUCGGAACUUGUUCGAAACUGCUAGUAGUAUCGUAAAUCCUCCAUUAAAGGUGGAUUUCUACUGUGGCAGUUCAACUUUUACCUAUACGCGCGUACUCACGUAGAAAUUAUGCGACAGUGGAAAUCCACUUUUACUUUACCGCUUCGAAUUAUCGCCCCGACCCCGCCUUUACCAACCGCCUGACCAAAAUCAUUGAUUGCCUGUUCACAUUUAGGGAUUUUCUAAGAAACCGCUCCUCUCGAAUGAGUGCCUAAUGUUGAAAGACGCUGCCUGCAGGGCGCAUGUUAGAUUAUAUGACAUACUGCUAAGGCUAGGAAACAUUCAUAGAUAUAACUUAUACUAAGACCCAAUCACACUAAAGCAAUGCACUUUUUAAAGCUGUUUAGAUAAACGUGGUGUAAAAUUGCAGUUUUUUUUUACUUGAAUCGUAUAUAAAUGACAGUGUGCAAUUCUUUUCUACUGAUGUUCGGCGCUUAAGGAGCUACUUUACGGUUUUGCUUCUUUUUUUUUCAGUGUGAAUGUGGCUCAAAAAGCUUUCACUUGUGAUAAUCUCACAAAGUACAAAAAGAACCACUUAGCUUAGCCUGCAAUCAUGAAGCUCAUUUAGGAGCUCUGGACGCGAGGGACUUUUUUCCCCUUUGCCCCCCAUAGCUUCCCAUAGAGGUUGCUCUCAGGCGACAUGUAGCUUAAAAGUCUUCCCGUUACGUCGGUAAAAAAUAAGGCCAUUCCAUUUUUAUAGUGCAACAAAGGCUGUGAUUACUGUAAAGAUCCAGACACAGUUGAUGAACUUGUGGAGCACUGGCGGCGGGGAGUGAUGGCGGGUGCCAACAGGAGCGUGACUGCGGGAAGGACCUACAUUGCACAUUCAGCAUCCAGCGGAGAGGAUAGCGACCUGUAUGGAGGAGGAAAGUGGGGAUAUGAUACCAAGUAAGUUUAUUGUUUUAGUUACCCUUUCCCUUCUUGCGUAGAAGCCAGAAUCAAAACUCAGGAAAUAUUCCAAAAUUUUUGGUGUAAGAUAUUGGUCAACGAAUAGUACCAACUGAAAGUCCUCAAAAAAUUUCAGUUUUCUGAAAAAAUUUCAAAGUCUUGAAAUCGAAUUCUUAGAAUUCAAGGAUUUUCAAGGGUUUCCAAGACGAACGAACAAUAUACAUGUCCCUUAACGUUGAUAAAUAGAAAACCCAAUUUUUUCUUUUGCUGUUUUGAUAUUUUUAGAUUUUAUGAUGAUGAAGAAGGAGAAAGCGAAGGUGGGGCUUCUGAGGAAGAGAGAGCUUUCCGAUGGAAACUGAUCGCGGACGAGUUUGCGAAACGAAGAAAGGUAUGACCAAAAAUGUGUUAAUAUAUGUUAAAACUGUUGAUCAUUUACAGAGUAUUUACAGAUACUGUUUUGAAAAGACUCUGGGAAGUCAGGAUAAAAGCGGUUUAUCACCCAAUCCUUCGGUGGGUAUUUCCUUUGUUUAGUUUUUCAUCGGUACAGGUUAAUACUAUUCAAAAUAUAUGGUCCCCCAUCGAUUAACUGGUUUUCUGUGGAAUUCAUUUAGUAAAAUAAUUUCCAUUUAAAAGAAAGUGUUCAAUAUUUUGUCGAAAUACUGUUUCCUAUAUAGUAUAUUUCACGUCAUUUUUAUUUACAGAUAAAUUUCUGACACUUGUCCUGACGCCUUCACUUUGAAAUUAGUCCAGUUCAAAAGGUCGGGAAAUUAUUAGCACUUCAACAAAAAGCAAGUAAAAUUAUUCACUAAUUUUACUAGCGUACCAUUUGAUUACCCAUGAAUAUCACGUUUGACAAAUAACGCUCACAUUUCACUUCCAACCGUGGCUUUUUUACUUGUUUAUCGUAUCGUGAAGUAAAUAGCAUGAAUUUGGCUUAGGUUAUUUUAACAAGUUUCCGAAAUUUUCGACAAAAUUCCUGGUAGAACCCUUUUUGAUGUGUUUUUCCGUGUGUUUAGGUUUUCUAAGGCGUCUUUCAGUGCCCGGAAGUCUUCGUUCAUAACAAUAGAGACCUUAAGAUCGAGGUUUGGUCAUUUUACUGCAAAAGACAAACUACGACGGUUUGCGGUUAAAGGUUUUACGUUACCCGUCUGCCCAUAUUUGGGACUUAAGAUUCGCGGGUGGUAGCUCGCAGCUGCAACGUUAGUAUUCAUUCAUCCACUACUUCUAUUUUAGCUGAGAAAUUGUCCUCAAAAUUACGUUUUUCUCGAAUAGAAUUCGAUAAUAAAUAAACAAGAAAGUUCUAAAAAGUCGUAUUUCUUCUCACACGUGGGAUUGUGAUGUUCUAGGGUGCAAAAAACUUUGCGGUAAAUCACUUAGCUCGGGAGCGUGGUCUAGCCGUACAAACGUGAACCUCAAACCGCAAACCUGACGGCAAGGCCCUGGUCACGUGACUUCUUGACGUUUGUGGUUCGUGCGAAAAGCCGAAAAACCUCAAUCUUAAGGUCUCUAACAUAAACCUUCGACGCCAUCUUGGCACUGAGACGAACGGAACUUUGCCAUGGCAAUUUUGUAAUUUCACAUGUGAAAUUAGAAAUUAGUAUAUGUCAUGGCAUGAUUAGUAGUGAUAUUUGGCAUAAAUACUACGAGUAAUAUUUCGAAAUUGUUAUACGUAAUUUCACGAGCCGUUAGGCGAGUGAAAUUUGGGACAAUUUUGAAAUAUCAUGAGUGGUAAUAAUGCCAAAUAUCACAGGCUAUUAUUUGUUUAUACUACUACCCGCAAAAGUUUUGUAAUUUUCACAUGUAGGUAUUUCAAGUUAACCUGAAAUACCAUUGCUCUGAGCCAAUCAAAUUGCAGAAAUUUCUCAUGUAGUAGUAUGAGUAUAGGUAAUAGUAUGACUUGUAGUGAUAUUUGGCAUAAAUACGACGAGUGAUAUUUCGAAAUUGUUGUCCGUAAUUUCACGAGACGUUAGGCGAGUGAAAUUGGAGAGAAUUUGAAAUAUCGCAAGUGGUAUUUAUGCCAAAUAUCACGUACAAAUCAUGCUAUUAUUUGUUUAUACUACUACCCACAAAAGGUUUGUAAUUUUUACAUGUAGGUAUUUCAAAUUAAGCUGAAAUACCACUACUCUAAGCCAAUCAAAUUGCAGAAAUUUCUCAAGUGGUAUAAGCGUUGAAAGUUCGCGCUAAUUUUUAGGAGUAAUUCGUUAUCUAUGAUAUUAAGUGACUAAUCAUCGCCUAGGAUGCUCGCUUGAGACGUUCAUACUGGUGCAUUGCAGCGUGGGAGUGAAGUGAAUAUUUCCUAAAAAAAAAUUGCUUGUCGCUGCGCCAGGACUUGAACUUCUCUUUUUUCUGUCUUGCAGGGAAAACAACUUUCGGCCACUCCAGCCAGCCAUCUGAUACCUGGUCAGUUCUGGAACAAAAUUUUUCAGUCUCAAAUACUUUUUCUUUUCUUCGUUUUCCUUUUUUUUUGGUAUUUCACCACUUUUGUUUUAACAGUCGUUGAUGUUUAUGUAAAAAGUUUGCAAACACCUUUGAAUUCAUAAUUAGGUUGAGUAUGAUCGUACGGGUGAACGAUACAUCGCGACUUAAUUGACUAAUCAGGUCAAUAACCAGAGUCUAAUACCAUCAACUGACCUGAUACAAGUCACUUUGUCUCUGAAGAUUACUACCGCAGAGGUUGUCGAAACUUCAGUCAUUGUCAGCAACAACAGUUCUAUUCAAGACUACGUUCACCCGGACGAUCAAACUCAACCUACUUAUAAAAUGACUCCUAGGUUCAAACCUUUCACACUUUUGAAUUAGCUGUAAAUUUUUUGUAUCCUGUCUCGAAUGUUGCAAUGUUGCACUGAAUUUAUAGAGCUCAAAAUUUUAAAUGAAACAGGCAAUUGAUUGUGUGCCCUCAAAUGUCACUUGACUGGUCUGCGAGCAUGUUCUCGAUUUAGCGCUCGAGUUUUCACGACAUCCCCUGGAUACAGAAAUUUCUACAAGCUAUCAUUGUAUGACUUCAUUCUAAUUUUCCAGGCCCCAACUGUCGCCUUAAGGAAUCUACUAACCACCUGCACAUCCCAAAACUUACCAUCAAGGUAGAGAAAAUUGUGUUUCAUUGUUGGAACGAUAAUUUUGAGUUUACAAUUUGUUCUUAUAACUAAGGUGAUUUUUUAAAAUACUUUAUUUGGUAUAAAAGAUAGGUUAAUAGUUAUCUCAGUUAAAGUAACAAGCUUAAUGAGUUAUAAAUGCAUACAUUUAUAAUUGCUUGUAAUUUUUUACCCGCUUUUGCUGGAUCGCUGUUAACGGCAUGACGGCCAUUUUGGUUGACUUGAAAAAGCAAACUUUCCCCUUCACAGAGCACUCAACUCUUUUUGCAUGCAAAUUCUGAUUUUCAAAAAAAUGUAUUGGUUUGUCACACAACAUGGCCACCUUCUCACGUGGUUGCAAACGAAUCCAUUCGCUUUUCUUUCAGCUGAUUUCUUUCGUUCCUUGAUUUUAGAAAUAUCCUGGCAGCGACACCAGCGAAAAUGAAUAUGCAUAGAUUUUUGCAUAAAUUAGUUAGUGAAUAAAUAUAAAAUUUGGUUGUUAAGAUAGAUAGGGUUGAGGCGUCAAAAGGCAUUUUUAUCAUAUUCUCUUCCGUUUUCUUCGAGGGUCAACCAGUUUUAACCAAAAACUCAGUGAUGAAAUGAUUUGUUACGAUGUGUAUCACUGUCGGCACAUCUUUGGUUCUCUUUAGGUUAGAGAGCACUGUUUUAGUCUGCUAGAAGAAGCAAUGAAAUCAAACAUAAACCAGUGCGCAACGAUGGAAACGAGAACGAGGUAGUUUUAAAAUGCUACUAUUAAGGGAUUAAUCAUAACUAUAACAAAAUUGUCAAAUCUGAUUGGCUCUCAACUGCCCUGAUUUCAGCCUUAAUUGGACAGUUUAAUAGGGCAGUACGCGUCAUGCCUAAGUAAUUGGACAGUACGCGCCAUCACGCGCGCGCUUAAAUGGCUUUUUUUUUCACUGCUAGCAAAACAAAAUUUCGAAUUUCUUGCGUUUUGGUUUAAAAAAUAGCCUAUUGUAUCACAAGUUUUGUUAAAGUUAUGAUUAAUUGGUAACAGAACUUCGUGUCGUCCAAUUCAGUCUGUAAUCAUACUCGUGAUUAAACAAAUCGGACUCCCGCUACGCGGUCGUCCGAUUUUGUUAAUCACUCGUAUGAUUACAGACCGAAUUGGACUCCACUCAGUCCUGUUACCAUUACUAAUUGUCACCUAAACUUUCAAUAAAUUAUAAACAAACUUCAGUUUCUAUGAACAACACUUAAGCCUGCGUUGUGAGCGUUUCUGUGUGAGUUCGUUGAGAAACCUGGAGCGAAAGCAAAAUAGGAGAAGAACUUUAGAGGAAACGUUUGCAAUGCAGGCUAAUUCACCUUACAAAUCACUGUCAAGGAAAAAAAAUUUAAUGGUAGUCGUUAGACAUAAGGUACUGGACUAACUGUAGAUCUUUUUGCAAUGGUGCAGUUUUUGAGAGCGAUGGCCUGGGUCUGAGCCCCGGCGUCAACGCCAUUCUUUAAGUACUCAUGGUUCUUUUCUCUUCUCCGAGAGGUUCGCUUAAGAGUACUCCGCUUUUCGUCUCUGCUCAGAAACAAAACAUGUAUUACUUAAUUCUUAUUCGAUCGGGAAACUUUCUCUGGGCUGUAGUACUUUAUUAGGGGGCGUAAGCAGAGAAGAUAGAGUCAAAGACCUACACAACAUACAAUAGAAUUGCGUUCCUUUUUUAUUCACUUCAUUUAGGUUACUUUAUGACAUGGAGACUACUUCAGUUGAUAUUGAACAUGAAAUUUUCAAAAACAGCAAAUCUGACGUUGGGUACAAGAACACCAUGCUCAGAAAGGUAGUUGUUCUUCUUUUAUUGUGCUCUCUUGAAAAGAGCUUUCUAACUAUUCACAGCCCUCCUUUUUCUCGGUUUUUAUUCGAUUGAAGCGAGUUGAAGUAAUCCGGUCUGUACUGAUGUACUUACCUGAAUACUUCACUUAAUCCUCUGUUUUCAUGUUAUUCACAGUCGAGUCAUACUGAAGUAUCUAACGUAAUCAAUAUUUUCUUUUUGUCUCGUCUUGACCUUUUUGUGCUUUUAACAGGUUGGCGAAGUGAAGUCUGCUACAAGUAAUGACCUUGUUUUUGAUUACAUCACAACUUCGAGAACUGAUGUUAAAGAAUGCUGUACAACAUCGUCGACAACAAGCACCACCACAACAGACGUUGCCACAGACGAGGUGAACUGAUACCUAUUUUAUAUUUCCAUCUUUCAUAAUAGGUUGUUCCCCAAUCUAUAACUUGAGAACGAUUGGGAGGCAUUUCGUAAAACCCGAAUGCUAUAGCAAACAGCCUUAAAAGGCCCUAAUCUCUUUGUAUUACUUCAGCGCCACAGUCAGUGCUUGCCCCACUUUUCAGUCUGACAAAAGAAUCACAUUAACUAAACAUAGCUGACCAACUUUCUACCACAUAUUUUUGCCUCCACAUGAUCAGCAAUUCGAAAAGGAUGACAGCAUGAGCUCCUCGCCAUUCCUGUCUGCUCUUGAUUUGGUUGUAAGUAAUGUGCUAAGUUUUCUUGACUUGAGUUGUCACUUUGUUUGUAAACAAAAUAGAGAUCGUUAGAUUCUAAGACGAGUACUAAGUAGCCCGCGCGAGUGAGCCAGCGUCAUUUUGGCGGGAAAACGCCAUAAUCGCCCUCACUGAUCGUUACUUUACGACGGGUUUUGGCGAAAAUGUCUUAGAGUCAGAAACAGGUUAUCAAAUGCUAUAGGUUAUCAUUUUGCGGUCGGGGGAGGGCAAAAAAAUCUGGUCUUCGAAUCUAAAUCUUUCUAAUGUGCGCUUGCAGAAGACUCAAAUUAACUAGCCAACUCGUAAUUCUUGUCGCUUUUCAUUGCAGAAUUCAAGCCUCAACACAAACGAAAGUGAUGAAUUUAAACAAACGAGAAAGGUACAGUUUAAGGGGUGGAAACUCGACUUGAAGUCGAGAUUUUAAUUUUCUCUAUAUUGCUUAAUGAUUAUCCUGCGGAAACACUGAAUUCCCAAAAGAGAUUCCGUAGAGAAAAAGAGAAAGGGUAGUUUAGGGAUAGGGUGAUCGUUUCAGUUGACUUGCUAAAGUAAUUUCGUCAUUGUUUUGGAUCUAAGUUGUUACACUUUGCCUUAGGCAAAAAACUCUCGCGCCGGGUUCUCAACUAAUGUAGAAAAACUACACCUAGUCGAGAUUUUUCCAGUGCUUUGAGAUCUGAUUGGUUCUUGUCCAUGAUUGGCGAGGGGAGAGUACAAAGCAGUACUUUGGCAUGCAUGGUCGAGUUUGUAUUGACCACUCCAGAAAUACCAUAACAUACAAAAAUACUUUUUGUUUGUCACCACAAAAUUUUGCAUAAGCAUUGUCUUCAGUUUCCCUUGGGGCUAUUUUAAAUCCCAAGAGAAACUGAAAACAAUGCUUAUACAAAAUUUUGGGGUGAAAAACAAAGAGCAUUAUGGUAUGUUAUGGUAUUUUCUGGAGUGGUCAAUUAGAUUAUGUUAAUAUAUCUUUUUGCAAAGUACCUUAAACAUAAUAUGAGGUGAGAGGAAGGUGGCCCCUUGACGGUUUUUUUUUUCUCAUUUUGUGAAGCGCGGCACCAAUGUUAUUAUCAUCAGUAUUUUGGUUAUACGUUUGUUACUAGACUUUAUUUAUACAUAUUUAUCUUUAAGUUAUUUCACUUUUUCUCAAGUCAUUUAAUUACUAAGUAUACGCUCGAUCCUGGCCUUGUAAACUUAGUAACACUUUUAUACUCUGAAGGAGCCAUUAUCUAUAAGCCUUAUGGUUUCUUUUUGGGCAUCCUCAACCCAUUGCUUCUGUGUAUUUCUUUACCUAAACUAAACUUAACUAAAUUUAAUUGAUUAAACCUAAAUUUAUAUUGCAGAUUCCUGUUCCUAAAGUAGUACCAACCAUAACGUAUUUCUUUGAAAACGGGUAAGUAGCUCAGCAUACAUUUUAAUUGUAUUUGAUUUUAAUAAUAAAAAUAAGAAUAAGCGUAGUACGCUAGUGGGGUGUACGAUUUUCGCUGGCUGUUCUGUGAGUUUCUUUGCGGGGUUAACCGUGAAAAAGCCAAACAUUAUAGUCGUUAGUAAAAAAAAACGGAAAUUUUAACCGUUCCUUGAAAAAAAUGUUAACACUAAAAAUUUCUUGUAGUAGCCUCAAUUUGUCAUUAUUUAGAGAGGGUCAAUAUUGCUUGUUGUGACUCUACUCGUCAUGUCUCCAGGCUGAUGGACAGAACGUUCAGCCUUUUCUUAGUUUUUCCAUCCCGGAGUGGUCCUUAGACGCCUGCACCGAUGAAAACUUUUGGAAUUCUUUAGAGAAAAUGAUUUUUCAGAUGUCUAUUGACAGUAACAGAGAGAAAGAAGCAGUUAGGCCAUGUAAACCCCCAAAUAGUAACAGUUUACCGUAAAUAUAUCCACUCAACUAAGAAACGUACUCUGAUUUAGAGAUUUGAUUCAAUGAACUCAGGUACGUUAUUGUUGUAUAAAGGAUUUAUCAGUAUUUGUAAAAUAACUAAGAUAGUACGCGCGUUCUGAUUGGUUAAAAACGUACGGUUUGUUGUGCCUGUAAACUCAUAGAAAACUGAAAAAUGCUUUAAAGUUAUUUUAUGAAAGCAAUAGACCACACUUUCUAUGGGUUUACCGGCGUAAUAACCCACUUGUUCUCCCAACAUCCCGCGUGGGUUAUCACGCCGGUAAACCCAUUGCUUAAAUCUUUCUUUUAGCAACGGGAAAGAAAUCGGUAUAGUGUGUAUAUACCUAGUGGUCUAACGUAGAAUUGACUAAGACAUCAUUUUCGGAAAGCCGGCGAGGCAAUUGAGUCAAGUGUAAAAAGAUUUUUUAAACUUAUUAUAUUUGUGCGAAAAAAUACUUUUGCUAUGUAUGGUCUAUAUUCAGCAAUGAAAAGGAUCAUUUAAAGGAAGAAAAUACAGACGAAGUUGUAGCAGCUGCUAACAGCAACAAGAGAACAACGUCGGAGGUUUGUUUGUCGUUCUACUUCAUUUAGAGGGCGUACUGUUCUCUCUCCUUUACUAAACUAGAUGACUGGAGACUCGUUUAUAGAGUAUGCUCUUCAGGUAUCUCCUAUAAUCGCUACCUAAUCACUAAGGAGAACAUCAUAUACAGUCAAAGGCCAUUAAUACGGACACAGAGGGGACCAAUGAAAGUCUCCCUGUUGACAGGGUGUCCGUAGUAAGCGGGUUGAAUUUAGAGAAAAUGUUUGUUGUUGUUUUCCCCAGGGACAAUGAAAACAUGUCUUUAUGUGGAUUUAUCAAAAAAUUUGAAGAGGUAUAUUCCUUCACGCUGGCCAACAGGACAGUUUCGAAUUUAUAAAAUUCAUACCUGGUUCCGAUGCUUGGGUUUAUAAAACAAAGGAAAUCCUAUUGAGUUUUAAGGAUAAAUAAUUCAGUUCUUUUGUUUUAUUACCCUCCGUCUGUGAGCCGAGUAUAAAUUAUGAUGAUUCGAACUGGCCUCUAUGAUACCUUAAAUACUCCUCCACUGACACUGGGUCACUUUCCUAAGAUCCUAAACCCGUUUACUAAAGCAAGCCACUUUCGCCUACUCUCAAAUGAUUUCAUGUCUCGGUAAUCAGUUACCGAAACGGGCACUUCUAGCUUUCAAUCUUCUGUUGUCGUCCUAUUUUGAUGUGUUUUGUUGUUUUGUUUUUUUUUUAAUUUCUUUAAUCCCCAGAAACCGGACUACAUUGAGUCAAAUUUUUGUUUUAAGGGGUUAUUCUUUAUCAUUAUGUUACUACACAGAGUUUCUGGUGCCUGGAAGAUGAUCAACGUGUUUGUAAAAAGACCAAGCUGGAGGAGAAUAAAUCAAAGGUGAAAGACAAUAACUGGAUGCGAUUUUAACGUUAGUUGGGCAUGUUUGAUUUUAGUGUAAGUCAUGCCCGUACCUAUACCAUUAUUUAAAAACACAAGUUGGUCAAAUUUCACUUUUCAAGCCUAAUUUGAAGGGUAUCGGACUAGGUUUGUUGUCUAUUUUUUGGUUUCAUUAACGUAUUUUGUAUAUAUCAUCGUUUCUUUACAUAGAGUUUCUGGUGGCUAGAAGAUGAUCAACCUGGUGGUAACAAGACCAGGCUUGAUGAGAAUGAAUCCAACGUGAAAGAGAAAAAAGCAUCAGAUCACCAUAAACACAAGAAAUCCGUACAUCAAGGGACAAGAACGAAGAAUGUAAAGACUAAAAGUUCAACGAAAGCGGCCCAGGUGAUUAGAAUUAUGUUUCGUGGUUACACGGGUUUAUGAAACGCACAACGCCAGAGUAAGCGUCAGCGGUCUCCGUUUAUCUCGAUGCAACUUAAAGACGGAUCGUUUUAGACCUUAUUAUGCCAGCUUUGUUUUGGGGGGUGUGGAGGGGGGGGCAAUUUUUGUCAAACGUUGUUGUUGGGGUGAUUUCUUCUUUUGUUUGCGUGUAUGAAAUCUUUUGUUACUUUCUCAACCACCACUAACACGAUCUCAUGCGAGUUGGCGCUCAUUCUGUUCAUGAACCUUUGACUUCAAUUCAAGCUGCCAUAGUCAGAUUCCAGUUAAAGAAAUGAGGCCAAAAUAUUACCCACUAUACUACUCGCCCGAUGCUGGGUUUGAUAGACUACUCACCUGGCCCUGUAAAUUAAUGAAUUCAGCAAAAAAAAAUUGAAUUAAGGAACCAUUAAAAGUGGUUUAGAAACUUUGACGCAUCUUUUAUAUUGGUUACAAAUGAAGCUUCGUUUCCAUUCUAAACGUUAUGCUUUCAAUGUUACAUCAAUAGGGAUUUUGGUGGCUUGAGGAGGAUCCCUCUGACGGCAAGAUGUCAAAAUCAAAAAGCAACAAGAACUUGAAUCCUGGUAAACACAGCAAGAGAGUCAGUGACAUGAAAGAAACAAGGAAUGCAGGUGUUGGUUUCUUCACCAAGGCGUCAGAAUUAAAGUCAUUAAAACCCAUUAGAGAUACCUCAAGGGAAUCGCGCAGGCAUAAAGACAAUUUACUUGCUGGCCAUAAAAGUGGCAGUAGUAGACAGAAAAUAGAUCAGUGGUUAAAUAAGUGCUCCACAUCACAAUCAAUAGGACAUAAAGACAGUCGUGAGAAGAAGAGGUCUAGGGACGGUUCGUCAGGUGGUAACCUUGGUAACAUAUCUCCUGGAGAUUCUGCUGGUGUUAAGGACGUGGCUAAUGUAGUUGUUAAGUACCUGUCUCCUUAUCUAAAGCAGGGCUCUAUUGUCUCUAAGGUAAGAACUACGUAUUAAACAAAUAGAACUUGUGAAAGUACUACUGAAGAGGUUACAUUUGGAUGGUACAUCAACUCAGGAUUAAGCUCAAACGUUAGAACUGAAAACUCUUUAAAUAGCAUCAGUGAAAGUACUUGCGGUACCAUUGAAGAGGUUUCAUUUGAAUGGUCAUACCAUAGAAUUUCAUCCACAGACAUAGAAUCGUUUGAAAGUUCUGCUGAAGAGGUUUUAUUUGAAUGGUAACAACAAAGGAUUUCAUCCACAGACUCAAAAGUUAGAACUCUAUGCUAAAUACAUAGUACCGUGUAAAAAUAUUGCUGGAGAGGUUACGUUUGAAUGGAGCACGGAAGGAUCCUAUCCUUAGACUCAAGCUAGAAUCUCUUUGUAUAUCAUAAUAAACCAGCAGCACAAGAAAGUGCUGUACUAGAGCUUUCAUUUGAAUGGUUUGCAUAGUCAUAAUGUAGCAAGGAUUAAAUCCACUGUUUCAAUCGCACCAGAGGAAGGCCAUCCUUCGCAGCUUUUAUCGUCAUACCGAGGGAUUUUAUUCACAGAGUUAUAGUAAAAGUCAAAGUUCAUAUUUACAUAAUCGACCCUGGCAGCGAAAAGGGUUGAAGUUACUAUUUAUAGGUUAACAUUUUGUUUUGGUUUGUUUUCCUCUUCCACCAGAACUUGUUUAAGUAUUUAGCUCGCUGUAUCACCCACAGAGUCAUGCAAUCUGGAAAGGUGUCUUCAUCCUCGUCAAGUGAGUUAUUACUUGACUUUAAGGACCUUCGCGGAUUGGUUUAGUUGUUGCUUAAUGCUCAUCUAGUUGUUUGACAAUUCUACUGCUUUUAAGCUCUGCUUAUGUAACGUUUGAGAUUACCCAAACGCCACUAACAGACAAAUCGAGAUUUAGAAAGUACCUUCAGGCUUGGGACCUCGUCGACUAUCCCUUACUGUAAUUUGGAUCUGCCUAUAUUCUAACUAGAAGGACGAAAUUUCAAGGGGUCAAGCUUGGUUGACAUCCAUUGAUGAUUAUGUAAAAUCCUCUAUCUCCUGCCCUCAUUAAUGAUCUCCUUCUUCGUUCGCCUUCUAAAGUGCCAUCAAAGUAACUUUCAGUUGUUUUUAUUCUUUGUAGAAAAACUUGAGGUGAAAGCCACUGUUAAGAAGUUGUUUGAUGUGUGCAAGAUAUUUGAGCGCGAAAGUGACUGGGAUAAAUACAUCAGAGUUACAGGAGUUUCAAAAUGACUCUAAGCAAUAAGCAUUGAAAUUAUUUAUUACUUUAAGUUUGCUCAGUUAAAUAUUAGGGAGCUUAAGAAAAGGCAACGGCUACGGCAACGGGAACGGCAAAAAAAGCAAUAGGUUUAGAUUGCAAAAACAACAACUCUGCACGUGCAUCACGCUUUUUUGUACAUUUUCUUUUACCGUCACUGCUCGACUACGACGUGAAAGUGCCUAAUU